GGGCCGGUUUACGGUCUGUACAUGGGUCUUCAGCCGACGCUGACAGUAACUGAUCCAGUUCUGGUCAAGCAAAUACUUGUGACUGACUUUCGAUGCUUCAUCGAUCGACGAAAAAUGAACUCCUAUCACCCUCUGUGGAAUGAAAAUCUGUUUAUGGCAGAGGGGGCUGCCUGGAGACGACUUCGAGCCAUCACCAGUCCUGCUUUUAGCGUCCACAAGCUGAAGACGAUGGUCCCGUUGAUGGAGGACUGUGUACGGCAGCUGGUGGAGCACUUUGAGGUGCUCAUUGAAGCUUCAGGGCCAAAAAGUUUGGCCACUUUCAGCGCAAAGGAGGUUUUUGCCGGCUACACCAUUGAUGUGAUCUGUCGGGCGGCCUUUGCCGCAGAGACUAAUGCAAAUAAAGAGAAGAAAAGUGCUAAAAAUGGCAAAAUGACAACAAAUGCGGCGCUGGUGGAAAACGGAAAGCGCUUCUUCAACUUGAAUCCACUUAAGAUUGUCACUAUUCUGGCGCUUCCACGACCGGUGCUGGACUUGCUGAACAUUCGACAGCCCUUUAAGGACGACACUUUUGACUACUUUGUUGACUUUGCGCAAGCUGUUGUGAGGGCGAGGAAGGAGGAGCUGGUGGCAAAGGUUGAAGAUGGCUCAGCAAAACGGGCAGACCUUGUUCAGCUGCUGAUGGACGCCACUGUUGAGGAGGAUGAAAGUGAUGAAAAUAAUUCUGAAUUUCAAUCAAACUCUACCAAAACCUUUUCCUCUUUAAACGAGGAUCAGAUUGUCGCCCAGCUCAUCCUCUUUCUGGCCGCAGGUUUUGAGACCAGCUCAGCGACGCUCACNGCUCAGCAUCGCUCACUUUUGCCGUUUUUGAGCUGUUGCCCUUACCUAGAAGCCGUCCUCAAAGAGACCACCCGAUUGUAUAGCACUGUCGUACGAUUGGAACGUCGAGUGGGCGUUGAUGAUUAUCAUCUGAAAGAGGGGUUGAUUUUAAAGAAAGGAACUCUGGUGGAAAUUCCGCCAAGUGCACUGCACCUCAACCCCGAGUUCUGGCCACGUCCGUUCACCUUUGACCCUGAGCGGUGGAUGCCGGAAAAUGCCCAUCUUCUGAUGCCCUACGCCUACCUGCCCUUUGGUCAGGGUCCUCGUGGUUGCAUUGGACAGCGAUUCGCUCUGCAGGAGAUGAAACUGGUCCUUGCCAAAUUAAUUCGAAAGUUUCACUUUAGUAAAACUGCUACCACGCCAGCUAAGAUGGAUUUUAUCAUUGGCAUUCCGAUGCUUAAUGCGCGGCCCUUUGAGGUGGCCGUCAGCGCUCG